UGCCUCAGCGCUGAGAGCCAGGAGAGACUGAGAGGAAGCCAGAACAGACACACCAGCAGGUGCUUGGAUAAAAAAAAAACAAGCCACACAGUGGAAUAGAAAUAGGAUGCUCUUCAGGGGAAAGUGUUUUUAAGGAUAAAAGAAGAGCAGAAAAUUGUCAGACAGCAACAAAGCGGUUUCUCUUUUCCUCAACUGGAGUACAGAACACAGUUAUCUGCAUUUGGAGCCGUCUCUACUCUCCUUCUCUUGGGUUUUUUUCCUUCCUUGGACCAUCCUCCUCCUCCCGUCCUCCUCAGACAGACAGUGCCACCAUGGAAACAGGGAGCCCGAGGAAGAUACAGUUCACCGUCCCUCUACUGGACACCCACCUGGACCCGGAGGCGGCUGAACAGAUCAGACGACGCAGACCCACACCCGCCACUUUGGUGGCGUCCAGUGACCAGUCAUCGCCUGAAAUAGAUGAAGACCGUCUCCCAAACCAGUUGUACAAGGCAGCCUUGUUGAACUCCCCUCGACAACGACGGAAAGGCCAAAAGGGAACGCCAACCAUGAAAGAGCUGCAGUUCCUGGUGGAGCACCACCUGUACAGGCAGCAGCAGGGAGCUGGGGACGAGUGCUCCUCGGAGAGCUGCCUGUCAGACCGGCCCAGCCCGGACUCCGUUCCCACCGGAGAGGAGCUCCCGCACGACGACGAGGCCACGGCCGAGGCCUUUGAGAAGCUGCGCUGCCAAAUGGAAGAGUUUUCCCGGGAGAGCCUGGAGGCUGCGGGUGGACUCGAGUGCCCCCUCUCCAAGGAGGACGAGGACGGCUCCUGCGCUGAACGUGUAGCAGAUCCAUCAUUGCAACUGAACAACACGCAAGCAGACACAAAAGCCGCAGCGCCCAGCGCGAGUCAGCCGGCAGGGAAGAAGACAAAGAAAUGCAACCUGGACAAAGACAAAUAGUCCCGCGUCCAAGCCCACGCUGCCCAGUCUGUCCAGCCAGAAGAUUGUGCUUGCAUUUACACUUUUUAGAAACAUCAGGGCAUCUAUAUUCCUACAGUCAGGCCUUAGUUACCACCUUGACAACAAAUAUUACGGUUUCUACACUUAUUUUGGGUCUCAACUCUGGUGUGAAGGGACAAUUAUUUAAAUGUAAGUUGCUUGUUUCUUAUUGCUCCCCCUGCACUAACAUAAAACCUACAGUAGCUACUGGAGUUACUGUAUGAACCAGAUUGGAAGUCACAGCACUAAUGGAACAGUGUUUUCCUGCCUCAGUCACACGUUCGUCGUCAGAAGCUAUCUCAACACACAAUGUCUCCUCAUUCAGUGCUCAAAGCCAACAAAUGUUCUCUUUACAAUCCAUUCACAUAGGUUUAGUAUCAAAAACGUGCCAUGACAUCUGCAAUUGUAGUUUCAGUGUAAAGCAAUAAUUUAUAUUUUGUUCCUUAUGGACAACCGCACCUGAAAUAUAUGAGAUGACAUAAAUUAGCAUAUCCGAGUUGACAGACAGACAUUGACAUGUUUGUGUCUCGCUGACAGCGCCCCUUCAGGUCGUCUUCUGAAUUGCAGACAUAUGUCCCUCAGAAUGGAGCAGGUCUUGUCCUGCACCUCCGCCUGUUGCUUCUGUGACCCAACAAACAUCCAGCAACGGACGAGGCCACUGCCGACACCGGCUUUUACACUAAUUAUGUAAUUAGCUGGUCAGCUGCAACACACUGGACGGCGUAUACAGCAAACGUGGUCCAUUUAGACGCUGGUAUGCGACAACACAGCCUGUCUGUGACGUGUGAGCCACUACAUGUUUAUUUAUGUGUGCGGUUCCCUGGCAGAGCUCAAUCUGCUACCGAAGCUGCUGUGAGUCAGACACAAACACAAGCACAGCUGCUGGGAAAAAAAAUCCACAAGGUCUCCUUCUUAUUUUUGGCCCUGUUACAAAUGAACAAUAAAUUGCAAUUGCAAACAGGUGCAACAAGCCACUGACAACCAGGUAAAAGGACAUCUAGAACUCUGUGUUUCUUAAAACCCCUUGUUGCACGGCACUGAAUGUAAAGGGACUGAACGUGAACCUACACUAAUCAGCAGUGUUAUGGCCCUGCACACAACCAGCAUCACUUCCCCCACGUUGACCCCAACAUUAACAGCACCAGCUCCACCUACUGUUGUGGCCGUUGGGCAGAAUCCAGACAUUUAAAUACUUCUUUAAGUCCUAGUUUAGUUUAUCUGUAAGAAUCCCACCGUCAUAGUCAUCACUCCAUUAUUACACCACGUAGAUUAAGUGACAAUCGUUCCAUAACCUCCACAACGUCCCCUUUGCAGCCUAAUCAGCCUCAGUGCAAAUAAUUUAUCAACCAGCUGCCAACAAAGACCAAUAAAUCAACAAUAAACAGUGAAACAUUCCUGUGUAAGCUUCCUUUUCCCUGCUGUGUGUUUAUGGACCAUGUGUUGUCAGUCCUGUUCUGAAUGGUUAUAUUGUACUUGACAUGAAUUAAACUAUGAGUUUUGUUUCGGUUUUACUUGAAUUGAUAGAUGAUUACAGCUGUAAUCUAAAUUUGUUUGAUACAAUAAAAUGUUUAAAUUAG